CAGGAAUUAGUAUCACUUUACAACUUUAUAAAUAUAGUUGCAAAUCUCAGACAUCAUGUCUAUUUUACGUUCAUAGCUAGGUAGGUAGUUAUGGGGGACAAUUAUCAAAUCAUGUCUUACGGUACGGCCCGUCGCUAAGUCUUGAAUACUCUCAUAACAAUCGCAAAAUGCUUUAGAUUUGGCCAAACGCUUCGGAGACUAGGCCUCAGUUCGGAAUCGCGUUUACACCAAUACUGAUACCAAUACUGAUGGCGCAUUUCCUUUCAACCCCUAUCUGGUUGAUAAAAGAGCUUAGGUUCGAUUUCCAUUGACAUUAUUGGGGUUUCCCCUGUCCUUUUUCUAUUCCCCUUUCACGAUAGGGCUGCAGUUAAAGGUAGCUGCAUAUUAUGCGAUGGAUUCCCAUGGGUUGAGCUGAAUCCUUAGCCCCCCGAUGGAACCUCGAGCGUAGUAUCGAAUGGUAUCUAUCCAGCAGUAGCGCCCUGUGAUGGCUCUAGACUGCAUGGGUAGAUUAUAUCCGAUUGUUGGUUCGAUUGAAUUCCCAAUGAGCAGAAAACGGUUAUUUUUAGCUUUCCUACCCAUCUUCUUCAGUCGCACUCGGUGAUUUGCUACAUUUCUUCUUCACGGGCCCGGGUUCUAGCAGUAUACAUCUCAUUCCCACCUCGCGCGCAGCUCGGCGUUUCCUCGUUUGUAAACGCAGUACCACCACACUCACGGGACAUGUCAAACAAUACCGCUGCCGGACCCGACUUAAAUGCAGUCUGUCCUCAUUAUUUUGACGGGAGGGGCACGCCUGUAUGUUGGGACUGUGCUGAAGGAGGCCAUCUUGGUCAGGGUGGAGAGAACUCAAUGAUUCCAGAGAGAACUAAGAAGAGAUUCGUACUCAUGGGUGGUGAGAGUAAGAUUCUUGACAACGAUCCCUUAGCACCAGAAAUACAUCCUCCAGUAGAAGGUAUUGAAGUUGGCUCACCCGAUCCACGAAACGUCCCUUCAGGAAAAGAGGUCUUCUACGGGUCGCCAGUUAUAAGCACCCCAGAUAAUUAUACUAAAGACGAACACAAUGGGUGUAAUACCGAAUCAAAUCAGAAUAUUACUGCCGCCUCUAAACCUCCUACCAUACUUGGACUUCGAAAAAGAGUAUUCUGGUUACUCUUGAUAGGUAUGUUCGUAGUUGCGUUCGUGGGAGCGGCUGUCGGUGCAGCGGUUGGAGUAACUCAAAGGAACCAAGCCACCAAUGCUUCGUCGGCAGCACCGUCACCGGUGGCAGGUGAAAAUCAAUCUACAGGCUCUCCAAGUCCUACAACGACCUCUACGACGACGGCCUCAUCCUCUAGUACAAGUGCGUCACCUACAGCUACUCCAAGCUCAGUACGCAGCUGUCUGGGCAUCGACGGAAGUACAUAUACAGACUCGGGCACUGGAACGAAGUUUAGGAUCGAGUGCGACGUAGCACACCAAGGCCGCGAUAUUGAGAACCUCAAGUCCGAAUCGAUGAAGGACUGUGUUUCGCUGUGUGCUAAGAACACACGUUGCGUGGGGGCUAUCUAUUACGACGUUGGACCGCAAGGGACGGAUCUUAAUUACUGUUGGCUCAAAAGCUCCUUGAAUGAUAGCGAUAUAAGAACUACGACAGAUGCGCAGUCGGUAGUGCGGUUAUAAUGGGGAUAAUAUUAGGUCUUUCGUGUGAGACGAUACCGCAUAUCUCGGCUCCUCGAUACUGCUUUAUAAUGUUGGUUGGUAAUUAAGCCAUAUCCUUGAUCACAUAUCCUAUGCAUAGCGUCAUACCAUUAAUCGAAUUCACGCACGAGGAGUACCUAAGCUUUUCAACCUGCUGUAAUUCCCAACAAGAAUGUGUCAAGAUGUAGAAAUCAUACGUUCAUGACGCGAAUUCCUUCAAGUCGUCGCCUCUCGUUGGAAAAGAGUUAGUAGCGAAUACCGUAUAAGGUAGUAAUAUAAUAUUAGAACAGGUAGAGUGACGAAAAUUGAAGUUUAUGCAUG